AUGCUGCACCUCCCCGUUACUGUCGCUCUCCUCGCCUCGGCGGCCUCGGCGCGCUUCCAUUACCUGCACCCUCAGGGCCAGCCGCAGUUCUGCCUCGCCAUUGACCCCUGUUCCGGCGGUGAUAAGCGCGAGUUCCCUCUCGUGACUGCCGAAUGCGACAACAGCGACAGCCAGAAGUGGGGCACUCGUCUUAUUGGGGACACGGAGACGAUCACCUGGUACCCGCUCUCUGCGGCGGACCGCUGCAUCAACGGCAACACCACCUCGGACCCGCCCCAGCAGGGUCAGCAGGUGCGCGUCGCAGCCUGCACGCCCGGCCAGUACAACAAGUGGCAGGACUGGGCACGGGACGGCAACCAGCUCAUCGCUGGCAGUCUCGAUGAGACUCGUACUUUCGCCGAUGCGACGCCUUACGACUCCACACCGCUCUCAAGCCGCGAAGAAGCGCACUACCUCGCGCAGCACCUUGCGCGUAGGUGCAACGACGACUUGUACCCCGCCGACGUCCACUUCCUAGAUCCGUGGGAGAACCUCCUUAAUCUCCCCUUCCCAAAACGCAGCUGGCACAGUGGCCUGCAGAGGGCUAUGCCACUAAAGUGUCUGACGGUGGACGGUCGCCCUGCGCUGCGGAGCGUCAAGCUCGCACGGCCGCUCGAACCCCGUCUCCAAAGGCGACGCUCGACACGCCGGUUCGAGCGCUGGAUCUUGAAACAUGCCCGCACCCCGGAACUUCUGUGGACCGCAUCGCCUGCCCCAAACGCGCCGAUGACCGCUACGGCGUCUGGCGGCGUUAGAGGCUGGAUCGAUCUGGGCAGAGAAGCGAUCCUCCAGAGCGUCAUGUACGCCGCUCUCACGUACCAGGUCACGGGCGCUGCCCUCGGGCUCUGCGUCUUUCGAGCCUCCUUCGGCCGGAUGCUCACACUCAACGACCGUGUCAUCGCCAUGGAGGAUAUCCGCAGCCCUUCAGAGCGUGAGACAGCGGACGGAGUGUCCCACGUCCUCGAUGCAGACGAGUUCAGCCACUUUGUGGUUCGCAUGAGGGACGACACCAUCGAGGAAAGGCUCCCGUUCACCUUCCUCAGAAAAGAGGAAGGCACGAACGAUGCGCAACUCGAAGUGCUCAGUAGUUGGACGCAUGCGGCCUACCGCCUGAUGCUGAAACAGCCUCGAAACGGACGAUUUUCGCGCCUGCCACCGGUCAAGUCAGACCUUGUGAAGGAGCUGCUAGCCCGUGUGGAUGCUGCGAAGCCGGGGACAUCACCAAUGUCCCGCCCCUCAACGGGCAAACGCAAGAGCCCGAGUUCCUCACCUUGCGACUCGGCGACGAAAUGCAGGCGGCUUGAGCCACCGAGACACGAAUGGGCACGGGAGAUUGAGGCAGAAAGCUUUCUUGGCGAGGUGACAGACAUGGGCUACGAUGGCGAUGACGAGGGGUUUGCAAGCGAAAGCGACUCGGGAAAAGGGGCUCACUACACGGAAUCGGAGCAUUCGGAGCCAGAAGACCAGAUCAUGGAUAUCGAUGAUAGCCCCAUCGAGAUGCCAGAGGCGGUUAUCGACCACGAGACGAACGCGUACCUUGGUGCGCGAUAUAUGAUGACGCCAAAGGGACGGGGUCCCUCGUUGUCUGUCUACGCCAAGAUUGUGCGUGCGCUCGACAUGACCAUUUUGUUCGUUUCAUCGGCGGAGAUGAGUCGACUUAUCGCGGACCUCAACGAUGAUCACGUUGCUGGCGCAGCUCCGUAG